AAAUGAGCGCUUGCUUUGAUGAUUUACAUACGCACUAGACUUGUUCUGAUGCGUUGUGAGCCUUGUUAGCGCUCCAGUGAAGCGAGGGCGGCUGAGCCUCGUGCCGCAUGCAUGUACGGAUAUUACGCAUGCUUCAUUGUGGCAAGUUGCAACUUGGCCGCUUUGUUCACUUCGCAUAACCAUCACAGAUUCGCAGACCUCAACCGCAACCAACCUCCCAUGUGAUUUCCGCCAAACCGUUAGUGCCACUUAGAUCGCUUCCACAUCCACAACAAACCUAAAUUGUCAGAAAGAGUAAAAACAAAUUCAAUGGCCUCUCCAAGAUUCAACACCAAAUCCCCCACCAUCCGCCGCAUCCUCCGCGAAGCCCAAGAACUCACCACCUCCCCGUCGCCGGACUACCACGCGAGCCCGCUCGAGACCGACCUAUUCGAAUGGCACUUCACCCUACGCGGCCCGCCGCACUCGGCAUUCGAAGGGGGGAUCUACCACGGGCGGAUCGUACUGCCACCAUCCUACCCAUUACGCCCCCCAUCCUUCCGGUUCCUGACGCCCUCGGGCCGGUUCGAGACCAACCGCGAGAUCUGCCUGAGCAUCUCGGGCCACCACGAGGAGACGUGGCAGCCCGCGUGGGGGGUGCGCACGGCGCUCGUGGCCCUGCGCAGCUUCAUGGAGACGGACGUCAAGGGCCAGCUGGGCGGGCUCGAGGCCAGCGACGACGUGCGCCGCCGCCUCGCCCGCGAGAGCAGCGCCUGGCGCUGCCCGGGGUGCGGGGGGCGGACGAAUGGUGAGAUUAUGGCUGAGGUUGAGGAGAGGUGUAAGGAGGUGCACGGGGAUAAUGUGGGUAAGGGGAGGCAGGAGGAGGUUAAAGUGCCGGAGGAAUUGAAGAUGGGGUGGCGGGAUGAGAUGACGCGGGAUCCGGGGGAUAAGGGCGAAAAUGGGAAGGGAAAGGGGAAGGGAAAAGAGGAGGUGGCGGAUGAUGAUGAUGAAGAGAGCGCAAGGUUAGCGGAGGGGUUCGUGCAGACUGCGCUAACCGCGCCGGUAACCGAGCCUACGACGUCGAGCUCGAUGCCGCCUCGAGUGCCGCCGACUCCAGCACCACCGAAUUCAACUCGUGGCGGUGCUGACUCAACAACGCAGCAGUUGCAGAUGGUUGACCGGAGGACCUCCGGUGAUGAGGUAUGGCUGGACCGGUUGAUCAUUGCUGUGGCUAUCUUGUUGGCCGCCGUGGUGGCCAAGGUCAUGAUGAUAUAAGAUUCUGGGUCGGCGAAACUACAUCGUUCCUUAGGGUGGGUUAGGAUGGCAUGUUCUCUGAGAUGGCGUCGGGGCGUUCGGAUAGACAGCAAUGGCCCUCACAAUUGUUCAAUAACCAGCUUGUCGAUAUUAUAGCAGAUAUUUCUUAGGGGGAGGAUUGAUCCUGGCCCGUCAUCUCUUCGUCCGGAUAACUUAAAUGGGAAAAUAGUACUAAUCUCC